UUAUCAAUUUAUUGUUUAUUUUUACAAGGCCUCAAGCUAACCUAAAAGAUUGGCAAACAACAAACUGGAUUCUCCAAACUAAGCCCAACAAAGAAUUUACGUGGCCUUUACGCCAAUAAAGAAGUGGUCGGCGGAUUAAGAAACCUUUAAAAACCCUAACACCUUAUAGUUAAUGACGGCGAAGACGAGGGAAAGUGAUAAAAAAGGCUCUUCUUCUUUAACCAACUUAGGUUUGAGUAUGUUCUAUCUUGUGGAUCCACUUUCUUCGACUUGUGUUCCAUUUAAGUUGUAGGCUAACUGUUGAAACUGCAUUAUCUUGUUCAGAUCAUAUGGCUUCAAAGAUUACUGCUAAAAAGAAUGAUGAUUUUGACUAUGAAAUCAUUGAAGGCGAGUCUAAGACCGCUUUAGCAGCAGCCGGCACGAGUUCUCGGAUUGAUUCUGCAACGUUGGAGCUUCGGCAUCGAAUUGGAAGAGGUCCCUUUGGUGAUGUUUGGCUAGCUACUCAUCAUCAGUCCACAAAGGACUAUGAAGUGGCCAUCAAAAUGCUUCAUCCCAUCAAUAAAGAUCAGAUGAGAGUUGUGGUAGAUAAGUUUAAGGAUUUGGUAUCCAAGUCUCAAGGGAUGGAGAAUGUUUGUCUCCUCCGAGGAGUCUCUAUCAUUAGUGGAAGGAUUUGCCUCGUCAUGAAAUUCUAUGAGGGCUGUGUUGGUGACAAGAUGGCUCGGCUUAAAGGAGGAAAGCUUUCAUUGUCUGAUGUAUUGAGAUAUGGGAUUGAUCUAGUUACAGGGAUUCUUGAGUUGCACGCAAAAGGGUUUCUGAUUCUCAAUCUCAAGCCCUCUAACUUUCUUCUCAAUGAUAACGAUACGGCCAUCCUAGGGGAUGUUGGAGUCCCUUAUCUACUUCAUAGUAUCCCUUUGCCAAGUUCUGAUAUGAUAAUGAGACUUGGAACUCCAAACUAUAUGGCUCCAGAACAGUGGCAACCUGAAGUAGGAGGUCCCAUGUCCUUUGAGACUGAUUCUUGGGGGGUUGGAUGCAGCAUUGUGGAAAUGCUCACUGGUGCACAACCUUGGAGUGGUAAAUCCAUCGACGAAAUUUACAACUUAGUGGUCAUAAAAAGAGAAAAGCUCACUAUCCCCAAUGCCAUACCGCCUCCUCUUGAGAAGCUACUUCAGGGUUGCUUUAUGUAUGAUCUUCGAAGCCGACCUUCUAUGACAGACAUCUUACACGUCUUGAAGAGGUUGCAGAACUCAGAGGAAGAAGAGUUCUGGUCCUUCUGGAGAGGCAUUGAUAGUAGAGAAAUCAGGAAGAGCUCAGCUUAUCUCGGCUAUACAGAAUGGUUCCUUUCAAAGGAUCAACUGCAAGUAGGCGACACGGUGCGUUCAAGAAAGCCUGCCAAUUCGUGUAAGCAUGAGAACAUGGAUGUGCCAGAAGGAAAGGUAGUUGGUUUAGAACGUGACACAACCGACUCAGAUGGGUUUGCUCUGGUUAAAGUCCAUGGUGUUCAUGAUCCGUUAAGGGUUCACGUAUCUGUUCUUGAAAGGGUAACUAAAGACUUGGCUUCUGGAGAUUGGGUACGUCUGAAGUAUGUAGGAGUAGCAGACAAGAGGUGUUCUCCAGUUGGCAUUGUCCAUUCAAUCAACCGUGAGGGAAUUGUAGCUGUUGGGUUUAUUGGGUUGCCAACUCUCUGGAGAGGGACUUCAUCACAGCUUCAGAUGGCUAAAGGAUACAGUGUUGGUCAGUUUGUGAAGAUCAAAGCCUUUGUUGUCACCCCAAGAUUCAAAUGGAUACAUAAAGAUAGAGGAGUUUGGGCAACUGGCAGAAUCUCUCAUGUUUUACCAAACGGUUGUCUCGAGGUGGAGUUCCCUGGAGCGUUGCCUUUUGGACAGGAACAUGGAAGCUGUCUUGCUGAUCCGGCUGAAGUAGAGGUUGUGGAUUUUAGUACUUGUGAAGGAGUUGUGGAGAAAUAUCAGCAUCUUGAGGACUUUCACUGGGCUGUGAGACCUUUACUGGUUGCCGUGGGUGUAUUGACAGUAAUGACGUUAGGAGGGUCAUUGGUUGGGAAGAAAGUGGGAAGAUCAAAGGAUAUCAAACAGCGAGUUGGCUCGGGUAGACUAUGCAAUUGUCAGAUUCCUAAUGGUCAGGACAGGGCCGGUCCUGACCGUAAGGUCUCUCGCAAAUCUAAAUCUAAAUCUAAAUCUAAAUCUAAAUCCAAUUCUAAAUGGUUUUUUUAAGUUUAAGUGUUUAAGGGUGUGGUUAGGU